AUGACGGACGUGAACAGAAAGUCUUUCGAGCUCGCGAGGAAGGAGUUGCGCUCGAUAGUGACGAAGAUCGAUGAAUAUGGAGUUGCUAGCAGGUCUAUGAAAUUAUUUCGCGCGCGGUGCAUGUUGAGACCCGGAGGAUCGAAGCUCCGCAGGAGACACCUGUGGAUCCUGCUGAUCCUCGCGUGGAUUCUGGGCCAAUUCCUGAGGAAUUAUUGGCACACUGCGGGAAAUAGCAAGUGCCUGGCGGAGCUGCCCUCGUUCACGCAGAAAAUAUUCCGGCCUGCGGAGGACUGUUCGAUAUGUAGGGACGUUCAACAGGUUGACAGGAUAUCCAGCGUGGAUCCUGCCGCUUUCGAGGAACGCUACGCAUAUUCUGGAAGGCCAGUAGUGAUCACAGAUGCUAUGCAAAAUUGGACAGCGACGAAAGUAUUCUCAUUUUCCUUCUUCAAAUCACUGUACGACGGAGAGGACGCGAAUUGCCAGUUUUUCCCUUACAAGACCGAAUUCAAGAGUCUUCAGGAUGUAUUCGAUAUGAGCACCGAUAGAUCUCUGUUGGAGAAAGGAACGAAGCCGUGGUACGUCGGUUGGAGUAAUUGCGACGGGGAAAUCGGAAGUGUGCUUAGGCAGCAUUAUAAAAGACCUUAUUUCCUGCCCGACACCUCAGAAAGUGAGAAGACCGACUGGAUUUUCAUGGGUAGCCAUGGUUAUGGUGCACCUAUGCAUGUAGAUGAUGUGGAGCAUCCAUCUUGGCAAGCGCAGAUUAAGGGUGAGAAAUUGUGGACUCUAGAGCCACCCAGAGAAUGUCAUUACAGUUGCAGUAGAUUGGAAGUUGUAGUGUAUCCCGGAGAAAUAAUUGUUCUAGAUACCAAUCGUUGGUACCAUCAGACUAAAAUCGUUUCUGAGGAGAUGAGCAUCACUAUUGGGGCAGAAUAUGAUUAG